CAUAAUUUUUCUAAAUAAACUCACGCUGGAUGAUGAAGUGUUCGAUAUUUUUUGCAAAGCUGAUAGGUUUUAUUGUGUUUAAUUGCGUAAUAUUAUCGUAUUACUUUGCGCUGGUUGGAUUUGCUCAUUUGAAAAUAAUUUUCAUGAAAAGUAUAUAGCAAUUAUUCUCCAUAAUCUUCAGUACUGCACUAGUACUGGCGAUCGGAUAUCGUGACCGUUAAUAAAGCGCUUCUUAGUACACUCAGAUUAUUUGAUCUACUCCUGAUUAAGCAUUUCGUUGCGUAUAGACAAGUUUGAAUCCCGGAGCAAAAAGCACUGACAAUAAUAUCCGGUUGUCGCCUGGGAUCUCCGUGACCUUGCGUACAGCUACCCUGUCCCAGAAUUCGAAGCAAAAAGAACUGCCGGUUUGGGUUGAUAAAGGACAAAGGUUGCGGAAGCUGGUCAGACGGCAGUCAUUACUAGUAGUAGCUACAAGCUACCAACGGCGCUCUCCAUCGUCAGCUUAUUCGACCGCCUUCUUCGUCUCCAACUGCGCCAACGCACGCUGCAAUCGCACAGUGGUAGGAAAGCCCUAACCAACCAAUCAAGACCGUCCGCAAAAUUCCACAUAGCGUUUUAUGGUGGCACCAGUGAAAGCUAAGGGUUUUAUAAACUCAAUAUCGCACCAUUCAUUGCUCUGAGAUGUAUUAGUAAUCGUGCCCCGCAAGCAAAUCGUCGGAAAGGUCACACAGCAGAUAGUUGUUGCGAUAUUCGCAAGAUAUCAUUUAACAUUACAACCUUUUAUUUGGGUGAUAAAACUCAAACAUGGUUUUACAAUACUACGGUGUCGAGACUUCAUAUUCACCCAUGUUUGGCGCUCGGCAUAAUCCGCAUCCAUCAGCCUAUCCUGCUUACAAUUCACUGCAGAAUGCCUUCGCGGCAGCCUACACCGGAAGCCAAAACACCAGCCCGCAUUAUGAUUUUCCACAAUACAACACCAGUGGAAAUAUUCUUCCCAGCGAGCAUAUUGCACCACACCAGGCACUGGCGUGUUCCUUCGAUUAUUCACGAAAUCCCCUGCAGUCCACACUGCAUGUUGAAGAUUCGUGGAACAGUUUAAAUAUUUCAAAUGCCACAUCGCAUUCCACCGCGAACUACUGCACUACCGCUGCCAGCCAGUUGAUUUCGCCCACGUACAGGACAUCACCGGCCUCGCACGGCUCAUCCACCGGAGGAGAUUCUUAUUCGCAACCGAAUUAUUUUUUACAAAAUUCUUGUAGUCAUCCGACUCUGCUUAGCCACCAUUUUCAACCGUCACAAACAGCGCACUCAAUUUUGAACGCAUCCGCCGCUGCGGCAUCAGUUAGCUCGACAUCCACGGUUUCCACGGCUAAUGACAGUUUUUCGGGGCCAACGAAAAAUGCCUCCGACUAUCAUUCCGGCGCCGUCAAGGUGUCCUCUGUUUCAGCGCAUUCCAAACCGGAGGGAAUGGAAUGGGUUCGCAAAACUGGAUACCAUAAUACUCAUCAAUCCGCGCCUGUUUCCGGGAAGACCCGAACCAAAGAUAAAUACCGAGUGGUGUACAGCGAUCAGCAGCGUUUAGAGCUUGAACGCGAAUUUCUUCGCCAAAAGUACAUUUCUGUCAAAAGGAAAGCGGAAAUGGCUAAAAAUCUGCAACUUUCGGAGCGGCAAGUGAAAAUCUGGUUCCAGAAUCGUCGAGCCAAGGAACGCAAACAAAGUAAGAAGAAAGUGGAGCCCACGGGAUCGGCCGUUAGUGUUAACACCCAGAUGUCAGCCAAUUGUAAAGUCAACUCAAUUACCAAUAUGAUUCCGUCGGUGCUGCACACUGGCCUGCUCAUGCAGCAUGCGCAUAAUCCCCUCAUGCAAUCUCCGCUGACGCUGAACGAUGACCGACAGUACCACGAUCGCCAAAUCAAAAUGGAGGGAUAAUACAAAUAUCCAACGUUUUCUGUACAUAUAUUUAUAACACGGUUCAAGUUCAUCAUUUUAUCGGGAGUAAUUCGCUGACGUUUGUUUUGCUUCUAGUCGUGCAUAUCAGUGGCAGCUUGCUGGAAUCGUUACCGUAUGUUAGCCGAUUUCUGUGCUGGUGUAGUGCUAUGUUUUGCUUGUACACUGUUAUAUUCUCUUCUUCGAUCUUCGAAUACUCAGCUAAUUUGCUUUUCUGUUCGCUUUAGUUUCGCAUUGUCAAAAAGUUUUACGAAGCCAAAUGUUGUGGAUCUUUAGCGUUUGUCUGCAAAUUUUUGCGAUACCGAUCUGAUAUGUAGUUCAUAAUCAUAAGAUUCGUAAUAACACAUUCUGAUUGUGCAAUAUUGUCACUGUCGUCAACCCACCGCUAACUUCACCAGUACGUAAUAAACUACU